CCACUGCAGCCUCACCUCAUUACUGGGCCAAGAAGCCUCUGCUAGGACUGGGACCCAGGGCUCCUCAGCCACAGAAAGUGGGAUUUAACCUCGAGCCUGGGAAGCUGCUUGUCGGGGCAGCUGUGGGAGUAAAGUGCCUCUCUCAGCGGUCCCUGCUGACGGCAAGGCUAAACGUAGGCAGUGGAUGCCAGCUGCUCGUGUGUCCUCUGGCCAGAGCCUCUGUCUGCCCCUUCCGCCUGCAGGGCCUUGUUGCCAGCGUCUGUGAGGCAGCCUGGUGAAUGGUAGUGCCAGCUCAGUGCAGAGUGGUACCUCCAGCCCUGAGCUCUUAGCCGAGUGCAAGAAGCUUUUCUCCUUUGGGGAAAGAAUGUCGGGGGGUCGAUGCUGGGAAUGGAGUUGGAAGAGGGGGCAUGGAAGGAGCGGGAGCCUGAGAAGCUCGGAGAAAGCUGGGUGCAGGUUCCCCCUUUCCUCACCUCUGCCCCUGCCCCCUUAGCCCUAUGAACAGACCACACUUUCCUGCUGGAGUAGCCAGAUGGUUAGCUCCUUUGGUUCUGAGAGGGCUUGGUCCUUUGGUUCUGAGAGAGUGACUGCCGUGCCCACCUCCUCCCAGACCCCCCAGGUGGAAUGCAAACCCACCUGACUGCUUUCCCCAGGUGCCUCUGAGAAGUCUCGUGUAGGCCCUGGGCAUGGACUGAGCUGCGGUGGUCACAGCUCGAGGCCCACAGCCUUCCGCCGAGUCUUUAACAAGCGUCGCUGGGCACUUGCUGUGUAGCAGGCUCUGUACCGUAUGCUAUGCGUUCAGAAGUGAGUAAAGCACGUUCUUCCCUUCAUGCUCUUAACGACCGGUGGAGGAGACAGGUGUGUAAAAGCGUGCAGCGCAUCAAGUCCCUGCACUAGGUAGGAGGGUAUACGAACAGUAGCUUAGGGGUGAGUGAGUGGGGUGCUUGCCCGCCCAGGCUUACUGGGGAGGGCACAGUGGUCAGGGAAGCCGCCCUUCAAGCAGGGCCUUUAAACUGGGAAAACUCCACCAGUUUUUCGAUGAGUAGACUGGGAGAGGAGGCCGUGUGUGCAGAAAACAGCACGUGUAGUGUCAUGGUGGCGUGAAGCCGAUGCUGGGGCAGAAGGGAGGAGAGGGUGGGAGCGCGGGAUGAGGCUGGAGGGAGAGGUCAGGGCCAAAUCCAACAGGCCGUCACAUAGCAGGUGAGCAGGUGGCACCUGCCUCUGGGAGGCAGUGGGGAAGGGGCCUGUUUCAGACCUCACAGCAGCUGCCUGGUGCAGGGUGGACAGGGGCAGAUGCCGAUGGAGGAUGGGAGCAGUGACAUUGGGGCAGAGACCUAGAACAGUGGAUGGGCUGAAGCAGGGCCAUGGCAGGGCAAUAGAGAGGUUUAGGUGUAACCCAGGCAGGCCUUGGGACUGGUGGUGGACAGGAAGAGGUGGCAUCUCGGAGGCAAGGGGGGUGAAGGACGAGCAGUUUGGAGUUAGGCAGAGCUUGUGGUGCCUGAAACUUGUGGUUCCAGGCAGGAGUGAACCUUGGUGGGGACAGUUGUGUCCGGGACACAGAAAGGGGGAUGGUCAGUGAGAAGUCAAUGUGGGGUCCGAGCACAGGAAGGAGAUACAUCGUAGGAGACACGAGCUGGUCAGCCUCGGGGGCAACUCAGGACCAGGAGGCAGGGUUGGAAACAAGGGACUUCACUCUCUGGGCCUGAGGUACGUCAGCAGUUAGAGGGGGUUGGACCUGCCAGUACAUCUGCUUCUUAGAAGCAACUGGGCGUCCAAAGUGCAGACCCCCAGCCCAGCCCUCAGGUUCUGAUCCCACAGGUCUGGGUGGGGCCUGGGGUUUGUUUUUAAAGUUUUGGGCUCGGCUUCUGCAGUGAGCCAGGUCCCCACUGCACUGACGGGGCUGGGCAGGAAGCAAAGGGUCCAUAGCUUUGCCUCAGGCCUGUGGAGAUUCUCCAGCACACCGUCACAUUGCAUUCAUUCAUUCAACCAAUACUGAGCACCCAUCAAGUGUCAAGUGCAGGGGAUCCUGCAGGCCCUGCCCUCCAGAAGCUUACACUCUAGAGGAGCUCCCGGGCUUUGCCUCCUAACUUGAAAUCCCUCUGUCCACCUCAGGGGCGAUGGCAGGGCCUACUUUGCGCCAGACCUGGACCAGGCUGUUCUAAGUGUGGGGACUAAGUAGGAAGUUCCUUAAGUACUCCCCGCAGGGGAAUCUGAGCUGGCCAGGGCUGAGGAACCACUCUGGGCUCCUCAGCACACCUUUCCCGGACAACUGAGACGGAGGGAGACACUGCGUGGUGGUAGCAGCAGGAGGCAGGGAGGAGGCUAAGUGGGAAUGGGUGGGGCCCUGGGGUGAGGAUUCAGUGGCCGUGACCUCUGCUGAGGGCCUACUGUGUGCCAGACCUUGGACACAUUAUGUAUUUACCUUACCUCACAGAUGAGGAAACAGGCCCACAGAAUUAAGUGAUGUGUCCACCUAACAACAGGCAAGGUCAGGAUCUGAAUUGAGAGCUGACUCCAAAGGUCAGUGCCCUUAACCCUUGGACAAUGACACUAAAACAAGAUGUGGUUUGGCACCUGUUGGCCUACAGCGUCAGAAAAACAAACAAAAAUCCAACCUCAGCGUGGAGGUUUCUGGCCUAGUCCAGAGCUGGUGCCGAUGCUGAGCCCUGGAGCUAAUGCCCUUUGUGAGGUGGCCCUGGGAGUUGGCAAUAGGUUCCAUCCUUCUGCUGGGGGAGGGGCAGGCAGAAGCCGGCAUCUGGGACCUGAGUAGGAGAUGGUUCUCACCAUGCUGGGGUACCGCAGGCCGGGGCUGAGCCUCUUCCUCCUCUACCUCGUCCUGGCAGCUGCACUCCUCCACCCCCAGCCACUGAGGCCUCGGCGAUCUAUUCCUGAGGAAUUUUCUGCUCCCCUGGAACUCUCACAGCCACUGUCCGGCCUGGUGGAUGACUAUGGAGUCCGACCCAAGCACCCCUGGCCACGAGGGCCUCGACCCCUCCUCUCCCAGGCCCAGCAGCGCAAACGGGACGGGCCAGACAUGGCUGAGUAUUACGAUGACGCACACCUGUGAUGGAAAUCCCUUAUAAAGCUAUUCUGUGCAGCAAAGCCUUGGGCCUUCCUGGGAUGGCAACGAGCAGGGCAUAGGAGGGGCCCAAGCAGAUACACCCACUUCAGUCCAGACAGGAAAUGGCACUUUAAUAGUUGUGGCUAGGGUGACAGGACCAAGACGGGCUACAGCCAAGCAGCCAAGAGGCCUGCUAGCCCCAGGCCAGUCUGGAAGCCUCCUUUUCCUGCCGGGGCGGGGGCCCUGCUGCAGCUCUCUCCUUCCUGUGAGGCCUGCCUGCCAGGAGGCAGCGUGCCUGUGCGGUUGGUGGUGGAGCCAUCCAGAGGCCACACAAGUGGCAGAACUGGGAAUAGGGGCUGCACCUCCACCCACUGCCGUUUCCUUACUGGAAAGUCCUUGGGAGGUGGCUAGGCUCAGCCUGAGCUCAGGGGCUUCAGUUGGGGUUGGGAGCUGGGGGCUGGGUGGCACUCGCAGGUGGCAUGGGCUUCAUCAAGGCAGGAGCCAAUGGCCAGAGAGCCAGAGACCUGGCAGGGGAAGUGCGGCCCAGCAUGGCUCAGAACCCUCUGCUCCUGGGAUGGGCAUCCUUCCUGGCCAGAGGACUGA